GGGCUGCAGGCUCACAAUGCAGAGCUGCAGGCUCGUAAAAGAAAAGAAAAUCACACGAGUGCGUGCAGGCCACAGCAGAGAAGGUAACUUUCUCUCUCGCUCUGCUGGUUGAACCCCGAGAAGUUCAGAGACUCGUGGCAGAGUGUUGAAGAUCUGCAGCCUCUGUGGAACCGCCGCCUUUUGGAAAGCUUGUCAGCCAAAUCCCCGUUAACACACCAAUGAUAAGGGGGCGUCACAGACAGGAGGAGUGUAUAAAAUGUUGCCAGUGCUGGAGAAACGGCAGACAGGCUUUGACACUGCUUUAUACUCAGGAGAGGAAAAAAAAGCUUCAGCCAUGGAAACCAUCACACAACAACAGAACAUCAGCCCAGUGCUUAAAAAAUCCAAGUCUCGGAAGAACAUCAACCACUUCACAGAUGUUCACGGCCUGCCUUGCAUUGAGAAGAUUGUGCGCUCGGUGGAGGAAAACCCCGAGCCCAUCGAGACCAACAUCACUGGCGAAAUCCCAGAAUGGAUCAACGGAAGCUUCUUGAGAAACGGGCCUGGGAAGUUUGAGAUUGGAAACCAGAAGUUCAACCACUGGUUUGAUGGUAUGGCUCUCCUGCACCAGUUCAAAAUAACCAAUGGCAAAGUGACUUACAAAAGCCGCUUCCUGUCCAGUGACAGUUACAGAGGCAACAAUGAGCACAACCGCAUCACAGUGUCAGAGUUUGGAACCCUCACAAUGCCGGACCCCUGUAAGAACUUCUUCCAGCGCUUCCUGUCAAGAUUUGAAUUACCAAAGGCCACAGAUAAUGCCAAUGUGAGCUUUGUGACCUACAAAGGGGAUUAUUAUGUUAGCACAGAGACCAAUGUCAUGCACAAGGUGGACCCUGAGACACUAGAAACCACUCAAAAGGUGGACUGGAGCAAAUUCAUUGCAGUGAACGGAGCGACCGCGCACCCUCACACUGAUCCCGAUGGAACAACUUACAACAUGGGAAAUUCAUACGGCACUAAAGGAGCGAACUACAACAUAAUCAAAGUGCCACCGACCAAGAACACCGCUGGGGAAACCCUGGAGGGAGUCACAGUGUUGUGCUCCAUUCCCUCCGUAGAAAAGAGCCAACCGUCCUACUACCACAGCUUUGCAAUGUCUGAGAACUACGUGGUGUUCAUUGAGCAGCCCAUAAAGAUGGACCUGUUGAAGAUUGUGACAGGAAAGUUGACCGGUAAAAGCAUCAGUGACAGCAUUUACUGGGAUCCGAAACUUAACACUAUCUUCCACCUGAUUCACAAGCAGACAGGAAAGCUCAGCACCAUCAAGUACCUUGCCCAGGCGCUGUCAACUUUCCACCAGAUCAACGCGUACGAGGAGGACGGCUUCUUGAUCAUCGACAUGUGCGUUGCAGAUGAUGGCCAGGCAAUCACCAAUUACAACAUCCAAAACCUGCGCAAGUCCGGAGAAGAUCUCGAUGAGGUGUAUAACACCUUGUGUAGAGUCUUCCCACGGCGUUUCGUUCUUCCUCUCAACGUGGACAGUGAUACGCCUUACGACCAGAACCUGAACGGGCCUGACUGCAUUGCAACUGCUAUAAGAACUGCUAAGAACAAGGUCUUUUGUACCCAUGAGGACCUCCAUGGAGAGGAUCUUCAUCAAUACGGGGGUCUUGAGUUCCCUCAGAUCAACUAUGGCAAGUACAACACCCGCUCCUACCGAUACUUCUACGGCUGCGGCUUCAGACAUCUUGUAGGAGACACACUGAUCAAGAUGGACCUCCAGGGGAAACAGAUGAAGGUGUGGGAGCAGCCUGGUCUUUAUCCUUCUGAGCCAGUGUUCGUACCAUCCCCUAACGCGACAGAGGAGGACGAUGGUGUUAUCAUGUCUGUGGUCAUCACCCCCAACAAGGACAAGAGUACAUUCCUCCUGGUGUUAGAUGCCAAAACGUUCAAGGAACUGGGCAGGGCUGAGGUGCCUGUCAAUAUCCCGUACGGAUUCCACGGGACAUUCAAUGCCACGCGACAGACUCACAGCGAGGAAAUUAACGAUUGUCACCUCUGAACUCACAUGACAUUGAGGGGAGUUAUGAACGUUGUAAAUAUUAUCCAUGUCGUUUGUCUCAAAUGUUGUUUGUCUCAUGAAUUUAGAGGUCACUAAGCAGAUAUGAAUGUAUACAUUUAUUGCACAUGUAGUCCUAAUCGUGUAUAAUAAACAUACCUAUAUUAAUGGCCUUAAAGAGCAGCAAUAAGCUUGAAUCAUUGCAUCGGACAGAUAAUAAUAAGAAUACAAGUAGAAUAAGAAUACAAAUGUAAGUAUUAUUUUAAAAACAAAAACAAAACAGCAAUAUAAUGAGGUAAAACUGUUUACAUAUGAAUAAUUAUGAAGGUAUUAGCAUAUUGUAGCUGUAUUGUUGAAGUUGUGCAGGGUAAGAUAUGUUUUCCUGUUUUAUGAUGUUCUUUCAAUACUUUCAACCAUUGUUUUAAAAGUGUAUGAUUCAUAUGCAUAUUAAGUUGAGGGCUCAAAAAGGGGGGCAAAAUGAAGACAACAAAAAAGUGCAGGUUUUGUGGCAGGGACAGAAAACUGAUAAGAGAAUGCACCUUUUGGCACAGCGCCCACAUGUUGUAAAAUGAUAUGUUAAUUCAAUAAAUGAUAACAUGAAUUACUUGUGUAAGCCUCAUUAAAAAUGUACACACAGAACGGUG